AUGGCAAGAUCUCGACUGGUAACCGUUUCUCCUUUGCUUUUUGCCAUGCUGUUUGUUGUCGUCGUUCUGAGUUCCUCAUUCGCUGACUGUCUUGUCUCUCUCUCUCUCAGGGCCAUAGGGCAGAUGGUGAUUAUGGGAUGGGAUGGCACCGAAGUCACUCCGCAGAUUCGUCAUCUCAUCGAGGAACACCAUCUCGGCUCCAUCCUUCUCACGGCAAAGAAUCUCAAAUCUGCCCACCAGACGGCCAAGCUCGUGCAGGAGCUUCAGACGAUUGCUCACCAAGCCGGCCAUCUUCAACCGCUCUUGAUUGCCUUGGACCAGGAAAAUGGCGGCGUCAACAGCCUGUACGAUGAGGACUACAUUUGCCAGUUUCCCAGCGCCAUGGGCCAAGCUGCCGCUGGUAAUGCUGAUCUCGCAUACAAAGUCGCCAAAGCUACAGCCACCGAGGUCUCGGCCGUGGGAGUCAAUCUGAUUCUCGGACCCGUGCUCGACGUUCUGACAAACGCUCGUUACCAGCCGCUCGGUGUCCGCGCUGUCGGGGACGAUCCACAAGAGGUCUCACAAUAUGGCAUCGCGGCUAUGAACGGCUACAAGGAUGCUGGGGUGGCCACUUGUGGAAAACACUUUCCUUCUUAUGGGAAUCUCGACUUUCUCGGGUCCAGCUUGGAUGUUCCCAUCAUCACCCAAACCUUGGAGGAGUUGUCCCUGAGCGCCCUCGUGCCUUUUCGGAAUGCUAUUGCUACUGGAAAGUUGGAUGCCAUGUUCGUUGGCGGCUGUGGCAUCACAAACCCGUCCAUGAAUGUGAACCACGCCUGCCUCUCCGAUCAGGUGGUUGAUGACCUUCUCAGAAACGAACUUGGUUUCACGGGUGUUGCCAUAUCGGAAUGCUUGGAGAUGGAAGCUCUUCGAAGUGAAAUCGGAGUCAAGACUGGCACGGUCAUGGCGGUAGAAGCCGGCUGUGACUUGGUUCUGCUGUGUCGGGCCUACGACGUGCAGCUCGAAGCCGUAGCUGGCCUCAAGCUUGGUGUGGAAAACGAGCUGCUCACCAAGGAGCGUAUUUACACUUCUCUCCGCCGUGUUCUCAAGAUGAAGAACGCGUGCACGUCCUGGGCUAAAGCGCUGAACCCGCCAGGAAUUUCUCUGUUGUCCAAGAUUCACCCGAGUCAUCUCAACCUCUCAAUCAACGCAUAUGAUGACUCCAUCACAGUUAUUAGGGAUAACGAAAAGCUUCUGCCCUUGAAUGAGUCGAUGCACCAGGAGGAAGAGUUGCUACUCCUCACCCCGUUGGUCAAGCCUUUGCCAGCCUCGUCUUUGACCAAAAAUAUCCUCGAGGCGAAGAACAAGUCCGAUAGCGCGCCGUCGGAACACGACAAAUGGAUACACCGGGAUCGGGGCGUCAUAAUGAGUGGCGAGGGGGUGUUUCGGGAGCUUGGGAGGUCACUUGCCCGCGCUCGACGUGGCAAGCUGCUACAUACCUCUUACACUGCAAAUGGUAAGAAAUCCCUGGUCGUGGUGGCCGUCAGCUCGCCCUAUGAUUUCGCCAUGGACAAGUCGAUUGGGACCUAUAUCUGCACCUUUGACUUUACGGAAAUGGCCAUGGCAGCUCUUGUGCGCGCUCUCUGCGGAAGCUCGAGAGCACGCGGGACGCUGCCGGGGACUCUGAGAAAAAGCAGAAAGGCCGUGAAGUCGAGGCAGCACUGGCUUGUCGAGCCCUAUGACAGGGACCGCGACUCCAACGGUCUCAACGAUCUUUUGAGCGCUCUUGCUCGUGCUGCUGCCCCGAACCAUCGGUUUCUGACCACAACAACGGCACACUCGUUUGAGAUUUUCAACCCAAACAUUGAGGAGUCGCACUUUGUGGUUCGCAACAGCAGCACGCAGGCGCUGUACGGAUUCUGCGCGACGUAUCACACCCAAGGGACCGGCAUAAUCGGAGCGAUCUUCGUGGACCCUACCAAGCGCAACGUUGCCAUUGGGCGUUCUCUCCAUCGCCGGGCCCUUCGAGCGUUGAUUCAGAAGAGGGGCACAAAGAAGAUACAGCUGGGAAUAUGUUUCCCAGGUGUGUUCCUGGGCAUCCCGACAGACGACGGCGGGCUCAAGACGUGGUUUUCCAACAGCGGUUGGGACUUGCAGUUUCCGCGACGGUUGGCCAACAUGGUGAUUGCUGACUUGAGCAGCUGGAGCGCACCAGAGGGUCUGCUGCAGAGCAUCCAACGGGCGAACAUGAGCUUUGAUCUUAUUCAUGGGUUGGAGAACGCCGAGACGGUGCUUGCGCAUGUAUCCGGGAAUGCGAACCCGGAGGUGUUUGAGCUGUACCGUUUGGCGUUGCAGGAGACAAAGUCGUGUGGGGUUGUUAGGGCCAAGUGCCAGAGGGGAGGGCUGGUGGGGACGGUGGUUAUUUGUAGUCCUGGGAGUCAGGUUGCGGGUUAUGUGCCGGCUUUGCAGGGGGGGGAGGAGGUGUUGGUUGGGGGGAUCAUUGCGCCGGUUGUGGCGCCUGGGAAUGGGGAUUUGUUGGUGAUUCAGGGGCUCGCGUUGAUGGGGUUGAGACAGAACAAGGCGCACAAGUCUGGGAGGAGCGUGUUGAGCUGGGUGGGGGAGGAAGGGAUGGAGGGGUUGGGGGCGAUGGGGUGGGAGGUGCUGGAGGGGUGGGAGGAGUUUACUAAUUCGGUUGAGAAUGUGAGUUUUCUUGAGGGGUGA